UGAAGCCUGAAAGUUUUGAGGAAUAUACUCGACGUCUAACGUUACACGCGCAAGUUCUAAAAGUUUUGAGGCUAUAUAUGUGACCAAACAACAUCUUCUUAGAUGAAACGACAAAGAAGAGCAGUUCUGGUUAACGUGAUAUAAUUGAUUGCUAUCAAUAAAGGAAGGACAACUCUGAGAAAGAAACCUACAAUGAGGUUAUUAUCAUGAGAAGAAAAUGGAGAGUGGUGGUUUGCCUAACUGUGAUCUUUAUUUUGUAUGUUUCGUACAAAAUAUUGGAGCCAGACAUCAAAAGGGAGAUAAUUCAGGCAGACUCAAUUAUCAAAGAAGUCCCAGUUGUAAUGGAAGAUAACUCCAGACUCAGUGAAGAGGAGGCUGACACAGAUGUUGAAAAACUUGUGAAAGAGUUGCAGAAAAAAUACUGGAUCAAUUUUCAUUACCCUCUGAAGGAUUCACCAUGGCGAGUUGCAGAAAAAAUGGUAACAGAGAGGGAAGUGCAUCCGGAAUAUGCACCAGAAAUAGGUUCAAUACUGAAGGCAAUGGCUACAAGGAAAAUUUUAUCAGCUGACACGGGCUAUAAAGGGACACAACUCAAGCUUACACUGAUACUUGAAGGAGGCCAAAUUGUAGCAUUUAAACCUAGAUGGUACAGAAGAGAGGAGAUUUUCACUGAGACUCCAUACUCUGGUGCUGACCGUCACAAUGGAGAGAUUUCUGCAUUCCACCUCAACAGGAUAAUGGAAUUUAGACGUACUCCUUUAGCUGUGGGAAGAAAAAUCAAUUUAAACACAGAAAUCAUUCCAAAUGGAUCGGAGCAGCUUCUGAAGACAUUUUUUGUCAAUGGUUCAAACACCUGUUUUUACGGUAAAUGUUACUACUGCAAGGGAGAGGAGACGGGUGUGUGUGGUGAGGAGGAUAUACUGGAGGGGACUGUUAUACUGUGGCUUCCCAGGGCUUACCCCUUAAAGACUCACAGACAUCCAUGGAGCAGAACCUAUGUCACAGGAAAACUAGCACAAUGGGAAAAAGAUCCAAAUUACUGCACUGCUGUUCAAGCCAGCCAUAUUUACUCUCAAGGACCGAGGCUUCUUGAUCUUAUAGACACUGCUAUUUUUGAUUUUCUCAUUGGAAAUGCAGACAGACACAGAUAUGAAACCCUUGGAAAUCAGAUGGAAUCUGUCUUUCUGAUGCUAGACAAUGGAAAGAGCUUUGGUAACCCUUUCCAUGAUGAAAUAUCAAUCUUGGCACCUUUAUACCAAUGCUGUAUAGUUAGAGAUGAGACAUACAAAAGACUGCUUACCCUUAAGAAUGGAGUACUGAGUAAAGUGCUAAGACAGGUGCUGAAACAGGACCCAAUAUCCCCGAUACUGGCCGAGCAACAUUACCCAGCCCUUGAUAGGCGUGUGACAAUUGUACUAGAGAAAAUUCAGACUUGUAUUGAUAAAGUACCAGGAAAAACAGUCUUGGUAAGAAAAAAAGGGUCUUAACAAAGAUUUUCUAUAGAUCUUUUUAAUGAAUUACAAGGUGGCAGAAUUAGGAUAAUAUACAAUUAUACUUGUUUAGCAUACUAGAUAUUGUUUAGUUCAGGUUAGCUAGUUGUUUGAAAUCAUUUGUUUGCUAAAAUGUGCAUUAUUUAUUCUGUUUAAUCCAACAUUAUUAAGUAAGUAUGUAUAUGUUUUACAUUUAAUUUUUCGUUUUAUCUUUGAAUGUUCAUUUUCUAGUCAGGCUUGCCGGUACAUCUAUCAUUUGAUUUUUCCCAAAUGAUUUUUUAUACCAUAUUACUGUGUAUGACAGAGCAUCUAUUUUUCAUUAAGAAGUUUAGAAUGAUAACACAUGUGCAUGUUACUUAAUUAAGAUUCAAUGUCUUUCACUAAAACAAUUUUAUUAUGGAGUAAAAUGAGAGAUAGACUUAAGAGUGGUAGACCCAUAGUAACUGUUGUAUAUUUAUGCAAAUUAAGACUCAAAACAUUGUUCUUUUAAACUUUGUUAUUAUAAUCAUUUAUAUGCUGCAAGGUGUAAAUGAAUCCUUCCAAAGUCAGUGUAUGAAAGGGGAUGUGAAAUUAAACUGAUAAUGUUUUAGUGUCUUCAGAGAGAAUCACUUAGGGCAUUAAUUGUUUUAUCAACAUCAUAUUUGUGUUGUAGUUUGUACCGGGGUAUAUGAUUCAUAAGGGUUGGUUCUUUACAGUUUUUUCUAUUUAAGGUUUAUUUUUAUCCAUGAAAAAAUUGUUGGCAAUAAUUUUAAUAUUGUACAAAAAAAUUGUUUUUCUCUUUGUUAUUUUUAAUCUUAGAAUAAAUUAAUUGCAAACAAAAUUCUUAUUUCUUAAUUAACACAAACUUAUUAU